AUGACCAACAUCCUCAGUGUACAAGUUUCAUUGGAUGCGAUUGAUUAACUUGGUGUAAACUUUUUGAUUCUGUUUGUUUUUUGAUUCUGGUGAAAAAUUUCAUUGUCAAUGAAAAUUAUUCAAACUAAAUAAGUGUCAACCAAAUUGAAUUGAUCGUUUUGAUUAGUCAAUCAAAAUGCAAAUUGUCUGCAUCUUCAAUGCAAUCGGAUUAAUUAUUAUUUCACAAUUUUCUAGUUUAUCAACAGUUUCAGUAAACGAACCCUGUUACGAUGAGAUUGGACAACCAAUUCGAUGUAUUCCCGAUUUCGUGAAUGCGGCUUUCGGUAAAAAAGUGAAGGCUAUAAGUGAUUCUAAUGUUGAACAACGUCAUCCAGUGGCUUAUCUAACGGAUCUUCAUAAUCCGACUAAUACAACUUGCUGGAUAUCGGAAUCAUUUACUGAUCCAACGGAAAACAUUUCAAUAACAUUGAGUUUGGGCAAAAAAUAUGAAUUAACUUAUGUUAGUUUACAGUUUUGCUCACAAAAACCUGAUUCAAUGGUUAUCAUGAAAUCAACUGAUUUUGGUGAAACAUGGCAACCAUUUCAAUAUUAUUCAUCUGAUUGUUUAAAAGUUUAUCGUCGACCAGCAAAAUCAACAGUAACCAAAUCAAAUGAACAAGAACCUCUUUGUCUUGAACAGCCAAUUGAUUCACAGCCCGGAGGUAGGGUUGCCUUUUCAACCCUAGAGGGUCGACCCUCGGCCUAUGAUUUUGACAAUAGUCCAGUUCUUCAAGAUUGGGUCACAGCAACUGACAUACGAGUGAUUUUUAAUCGCGUUAAUGGUCAAACUGACCAACCCUUGGUCAAUUUUGAAACUGAUGGAGAAGAUGAUGAAGAUGCAGAUGGAGAAGGUGACAAUAGGAUUACCGGGAGCAUCAUUGGUAAUAAGAUAAACAAUGAUAAUAAUAAUAAUAACAAUGAGAACAACGGUAACAAUCAACUGAAAGGAUCGACACCAUUUCCAUUAUCAAAUUUAUUUGAUCCAUUUGCAAAUGAAACCGAUUUAUCAAAUAUGCUGAUGGCCCAUAAACCGGAAGAUACUUUUUACUAUGCCGUUUCCGAUCUUGCAGUGGGAGGUAGAUGCAAAUGCAAUGGUCAUGGCUCAAGGUGCAUCACCAACCGAGAAGGCCACCUUACCUGUGAAUGUAAACACAACACAGCGGGACGUGAUUGUGAGAAAUGCAAACCAUUUCAUUUUGAUGUCCCAUGGGCAAGAGCCACAGCCCAAAAUGCUCAUGAAUGUAAACCCUGUAACUGUAAUCUACAUGCACGUCGAUGUCGAUUCAAUAUGGAAUUGUACAAACUUUCGGGACGCAAAUCGGGCGGUGUUUGCUUGAAAUGCCGACACAAUACUGCAGGUCGACAUUGUCACUAUUGUCGUGAAGGUUAUUAUCGAGACUCGACAAAACCAAUAACCCAUCGAAAAGCAUGUAAACCUUGUGAAUGUCACCCUGUUGGUGCUUCUGGGCGAACCUGUAACCAAACAACUGGACAGUGUCCAUGUAAAGAUGGUGUAACUGGGGUGACCUGUAAUCGAUGUGCUAAAGGAUAUCAACAGAGUCGAUCAACUGUAGCUCCUUGUGUUCGUGUUCCUAUGAGCAAUAUGGUUCCAAUUGCAUCAGCAUAUGAAGUUAACAAACAGCAAACAACUGAAUCUGAUAAUUGCGAUGAUUGUCGAGAUGAAGUUAAUCAGUUAAGUUUGCGAAAAUUUUGCAGAAGAGACUUUGCAAUUGAAGCUAAUGUUGUCUCCAGGGAAACAAUUGGAGACUGGAUUCGAUUCACAAUACAAAUAAUAGAGAUUUAUAAACACACUGUAACAAAGUUAAGGCGUGGACCAGAAUCACUUUGGGUUCCAGUACAAGAUCUUGCAUGUAAAUGUCCUAAGAUGAAAAUCAAAGAAAACUACAUCAUUAUAGGAAUCGAAGAGCGAGAAACUGAGCCCCGAGGGCUAAUUGCUGAUCGACAAUCACUGGUAGUCGAAUGGUCCGAGGAAUGGGAUCGUAAGAUUAGACGAUAUCAACGGAAACAACGAAGUGGAAUCUGUUCAGAGGAUUAAGAUUAUCGAUCGGAUUAAAUCAAUCAACAUCUCACUCACUCUCUCUCUCAUAUCAUUCAUCAAUCAUUGAAAUCAGUCAACAAUUGCGACAAAAAAACUAAAUAGUAAUUUAAGAAAUGUAAAAGGCAAAGUCAUUAAUAGUCAUUAUUAUUAACAUUAAUUAUUAAUUACUAUUAUCAUUGUGAUGAAUUUGAUUGUGAUUCAUUCAUUAGGAAAUUUGAUUGUUACAAAUCAAAAGGAUUUCCUAAUGAUGGAUUAAUCAGAUUAACAUUUACAAGAAGAUGAACAAGAUUAAGAUUAAGUUGACUGUUUAAAGACCAGAUAAUCAAAAGAAUACAAAUUAUUUAUGAUUAAUUUGUGAUUAAUUAACAUUACGAGAUGAUUUUUAUCAAUUGAUUAGUUGAUUUUGGCUUCAAAUUAAUAACAAUCAAUAGUAAAAUCAACAAUCAACUAUUAAGCACAAAACAUGAAUCUCAAAUACACAAUUUAAUUCAUUCAUUAACGAGAAAGAGUAAACCAGCAAUUAAGAUUUAAUUGUGAGAAUUACAAAGUUCUAGUUAAUUAACUAAGUAAAUUAACUAGUGAUAGUGAAGAUAGAGAGAGAGAGACUGAAGACAGUUAAGACAAAGAUGCUCUUUGUUAAUUAGCAUGAUUAUUACGAUGUUAUAAAUUAACUUAAUUGCUCAAAUGAUUAAAUCAAAUUAAGAGAUGAAAAAGUUUUAUCAUCAAACAGAUGAACAAUUAACAUCAACCAUAGGUUUAGAUUGUAACAAUAAAUGUUAACUUAAUUAGUUGAUUGAUAAACAACAAUCAGUGCACCAAAAUCUCACUCUCCCUCUCUCUAAAUCAUAAUCAAUUGCUUAAUGAUUCAUUUAAUCAUCACUUUUUCUUAAUCAUCUUCAUCUUCAUUAUCACUUUUCUCAAAUGUUCAUUUAUUUCAAUCAACAAUUUUCUCAACAAUUUGCUAACUGUGAAAAUUAAGUCUUCCGUGGUAUUUAAUACCAUCUUUCUCCCUCAACUCACUCUUCUCAUUUCACAUUCAUCUCUCUCUCUCUCUCUCUCAAACCCUGUUCAUAAUCAGCGACAUGAUGAUUACCAUGAUUCUCAUGUUUAACACCCAAAGAGACACAUUGAAACUUCAUCAACAAGAUUAACGUUUAUCUGUUGGGAGAAAGAUAAUUAACAAGAGGAAACUUGUCUUUCUUUUUACACCAUCAUCAUGAUGAUUAAAACAAAUUGUCAUCAUUCCAUCACUUUCUUAAUUUAUGUAACUCAGUCAAAGAAAAAAAAAGAAUAACGAUUAUUUAUAAAACCUUUUCCGUUUCCUUUUCUCUCUCUCUCUUUUUUGUUCGCAGAAUCCAAAUCAAUCUGUGUGUCCCAUUGAAUCAAAAAAGAUUCCAAUUCAUUGAGUCAAUUAAAGAAACAAACAAAUUUGAGUGAAUAUACAGAUGAAAAUUACGAUUCUGUGAAUAUGGUUAAUAGAAAAUCACUUUUUUCAUAAAUUCUCUCAAUGGUUUUUUAGUAAAAAAAACCAAUGAUUGUGCACUAAUAUCAAAUUUUUCACUUUUCCUUUUAUCAUUUUCCUCAAUUGUAUCUGAACAAUCAAUGUUUUCAUAAAUAUAAAAAUAAUGAUUAUCCAUCUACAUUGAAUGUAUACA